AUGGUAAAGCUCAAUGUAGAUGCUCAAGUUGCUGGUGGGGUCUAUGCAGGGUUAGGGGCUGUUAUAAGGGAUGAAAAUGGCCUGAUUGUGCUUACAGCCACGAAGAGAAUGAGGAUAACUGAUGUGGUAAACUUGGACGCUAUGGCGAUUAGAUUUGGGAUGAAUGUAGCUUUGCGGUUUAACUACAAAUGCAUUUGGGUCGAAUCUGACUCCCUCUCGGCUAUUAACUCAGUCCAGUCAAAGACGUUGGGUAGAACUCCUUUCUAUUUGGUGAUUGUUGAUAUCAUUAAACUUAGAGCCUUAUUCAAUAUUUGUAAUUUUUCUCAUGUUAGAAGGAACGGGAACACAGUUGCCCACCUAGUUGCUAGAGGUGAUACGGGGAGUGAUUCGGAGUUGAUCUGUUUAAACUCUUUCCCUCAAAGUAUUGUAACGUUGGCAAAUUUAGAUCUCGUUUAA